AUGGCACAUAUAUUUCACGGAGCUAUCAUCACCCUCAUGCGAAGAGGAAGUUCGUACUCAGGAGAGUGGGAAGAAUCUGCAGAUACAUCGUCAUUGGAUCGAGAAUGGCACGUGUGGAUUGAACAAGAGUCUUCAAGGCGUGCCUCAUUCUUCGCUUUUGUGAUGGAUGCACAACAUGUAUCGAUUUUUGGCCAUAGUCCGGCUCUUUCUGUCAGUGACAUUCGCCUUCCUUUGCCUUGUCCAGAACCACUCUGGACUGCGAAAUCCGCUUCUCGUUGGAAAAGAGAGAAGUGUAAACACGAAGCAUCACCGCCGUUCUUGUCAGCCCUAAGAGGGUUGCUGGCUAGGAGGCCUUUGGCGUCAACCUACGGCCCUUUCACUCGAUUUAUCUUGCUGCACGGCCUUUUCAGUGUCACCAAACACAUGCAGGAACGUGAUCUAACAGCCUCUGAUGUUGGUGGGACGAAGGCGUCUACGGAUGAAGCUUCACAAUCACCUUCGAAUUUCUCAGAAGUUGACGCCUGGCGUGACAUACUCGACCGAGCCAUAGAGACUUGGUCGCUAUCCCUCCUCUCUCAAGAACCCUCAUUGUGCUUGGAGGCAGCCAAACCACUGCACCGCAUGGCCCACAUCACAAUCCAUGUGAAUCUAAUCGAUUUCCAUACAUUUGCUAGAGCUCCAUCGUUAAUGGGCAACCGGACCAGCUCAAACGAAUAUUCGAGGGCGAGAAGACGGAUUGAACAAUGGAGGGCGAAAUCCAUCGCAAAGCGCACGCUGUCUCAGUGUUUGCUCCUCAUCCAGGAAACCAUGUUUACCCGAAAACAGUACAAGGCAUCAGAAGAUAACAUUGCACUAAGACCCUGGUGCUUAUAUCAUGCUACAUUGAUCGUGUGGGCCUACGGAGUUCUGAGCUCGGGAACUUCCCAGGCGCCGUUCCUUUCAGCAGAAGAGUACCUCAUACAUAUGCUCAAUGGUUUGCUGGUGGGUGAUGGACAGAUAGCACUUGCAAACCGUACCUCAGGUCUCAUCGACACCGUCCGAAACUCACUGCGGGAUUGCAGAUGGGAGUUACUCCAAGAAGCACAUGUGACCCUGGGAAACUUGGUCGACAUUAGGGCCUUUUGA